ACACCUUCUAGGACGGUACCGUAUAGUACAAGAUGGAGCACAAUAUUUAAAUAGAACAACUACUGUAAUUUGAAAAAAUCGUUGUAUCCUACUCUUUGUAUUUGGUUCAAGUAAACUGUUGAAGUAUGUCAGAACUGGAAAAAGAGACUAGUAACUCAAGAGAAAUUGCCAAGAAUUUUCUAAUGUUUGUGAUUGAAAAUUCGUCAAUUCAUGGAUUCAAUCAUCUUGCUGAUAAGAGGCGACAUAUCAUUGAAUAUAUUUUAUGGUUCAUUGGAAUUCUAUUGGGAGUAUUUGGAAUAUUUUGGCUGAGUCAGUCGACAUGGUAUCACUACCAAAACAACCCCACUGUUGUUUCAAUAGAAAAUAAUUAUCAAGAAUGGAACACAAUAUUUCCAUCGAUAACUGUUUGUCCAGAUAUACAAAUUGAACCAGACCUGAAUGUAUUCAAUGAGGUCUUAGUAAAAGAUCCUAAAAGCUACAAGCUUGCAAGUAGUGACAUCGGUGAAUUGCAGACCCUCAUCACUAAGAUAUCGAAUUGGACUUACUCAAAUCCCAGUUUGUCUGAGAAUAAUUUUAUCAUUGAUGGUAAGACGCCAAUGACACCAAGCGAGUAUGCACGUUUAUUUAUAACUACGAAAAAUUCAUUCACUUAUACAUUGAAUUACAACGAAAUUGAAGAGUUGGAAGAUGAAGACCUGCAAGUUCACAUGACAGAACACGGAGUCUGCUUCGGAUAUUUGUCAAAAGUCUCAAACUAUUUUAAUCCCAUGGAAUGGAAAUAUAUUCGCUACAAAGACAAAGGGGAUCCGUUCAGUUCAAAUCCAUUCGAUGGUGACAAUUACUUUCAGUUGACAUUCAUUGAUGAAGCUGGGACAAAGGUUUUUGUACAUAGCCCAGAAGAGCUGCCAGAUAUAACAAGCAAAGGUGAACACUUGCAACAGCAUGCACUCAAGACAAUUGGCGUGGCAGCUCUGAGCAUCUACAGCUCAUCAGAAGUCUACGAUUUGAACAUACACCAGAGACAGUGUCAGUUCUUAUGGGAGUCCAAUCUUCAAAUAAGUCCAGUUUACACGUACAACGCGUGCAGAAUGCAGUGUCGUUACAACCUUGGCUUGAAGCUUUGUGGAUGCGUUCCUCAUGUCUACAAGUCAUUUGGAAAAGAAGAAAUCUGCAACCCUGAUGGCUUGUCUUGUCUUUCAAAAAAUGAAGACUUACUGAUGAAAUUACGGGACACCAAUGGAAAAAGAGUAGAAUGUAGAUGCUUGCCACCAUGUAACGAUGUAAACUACGUUAUCGAUCAAGAAAGAAACAUCAAAUGGGCUUUUGGAUGUGAAUUAAGAUGGGGCAUUAUCAAGUAUCCCCGAAUUAGAUUCAAAAGGUCGGUACUUUUUGGGUUCACCGAAGUACUGGUUUCAAUCGGCGGAUCAGCAGGACUGUUCCUUGGUUGCAGUGUACUGAGCUUUGUUGAAAUAGUCUACUUCUUCACUCUACGUUUAUUCUGGUACAUGAAGAAAUAUAACUCAACUGGAUUGGAAAAGCCUAGCAUCUAACCGAUUCACCUGAUAAGUAUGAAUAAUAUGAAGAAAGAUUUAUUAAUGUUUUUAUCUAGACUUCAAAUAUGUUAAUAUAAAAUGAGAAUAAAAUCACUUCACUUAUAUUGGCUACUAUAUUCAAAUUAAUAAAAAAAAUAAAACUUUAGUAGGCUACCUUUUUAUUAAAACAUUUUAAACGACUAGUUUCGACCUAUUUUUAUCUAGUAUCAACUUUUUUAUUUUCACAUUUAACUUGAAAAUGGCCAAAAUAGGUCAAAACUAGUCGUUAAAAUGUUUUAAUGAAAGGGUGCAGGUUUUAUAUGUUUUUUAUUAAUUUAAAAUGAAAAUAGUAUGUGAGUAUUGAAAAAAGUAUUUUCCUCUU